AUGGGUUACAGAAGCUUGUCUUUCAUCGGCAUCAUUGUCUCUCUUUUCCUCUCAUCCUUUGCCCAAAACCUACAGGACGACUCUGCUCGCAUUUCUUUAGAUGUUCUUCUUCAACAGUACGCUUACAAAGCUCUUGUCCGACCUCAUACCGCCAUUCUAUACAAAGCAUCUCUCCCUGCAAAAUUUUCAGGCAUGAAAACCUCUGUUAUCCGGUUCAGAAGUGGUAGCUUAUGGGCCAGAGGAGCCAAUGUUAGCGCUUUCCGGUUGCCACCCAGAAUCAUUUCUCAACCUUUCGUGAAGAGAUUAGCCAUCGUCUAUCAAAAUCUGGGCAAUUGGUCUUCCAAUUACUACAGUGUACCAGGCUAUUCAUUGGUUACUCCUGUGAUUGGUUUCAGGGUUUACGACGCCUCCAAUUUGAGCUCCAAAACCAUUUCCUCUCUCAAUCUCAACGUGACAAGGGAUCCCAUUUCUGUUCAUUUUCCCCAGUUCCAGUUGCCUCCAGGUUCUAAUUCGACGACUGUUAGAUGUGUUACAUUCAACCUCGAUGGUACAGUUUCUCUUUCUAAAAUGACCAUUCCCAAUGUAUGUUUCACACACAAUCAAGGCCAUUUCUCCAUUGUCGUCGAACAACCCAAGAUGAAUGUGAGCAAAGCGAGGCGGCUAUGGAAGCUGUGGAAGUGGUGGGUGAUAGGACUUUGUGGGUUUGUGGGAUUGGUUUUGGGUUUUGUUGUUGCCAUGCUUGUUGUUAGGCUCAAGAAGGCAAAGAAAUUUCUGAAAAUGGAGAGAAAAGCUGAUCAAGGUGAGUCUUUCAAGACAAUCUGGAUUGGACCAAAUAAAAUGCCUUCUGCAGCAGUGACUAGAACUCACCCAGUCCUUGAGAAUGGAUAUGUCCCAUGA